AUGGAGCAAAGCGAAAGGACGUUGGAUUUAGCUCCGCGGAAAUUGGCUAGGCAAUUGGAUUUCACGGCCGUUUGUGGAGCUCCCUCACACCUGAAACUGCAGCCAGCGACGCCUCAGUCACGGUCACAAUCAAUUCUGCAGCCGCCGUCUCAGCCGCUGCGUUCUCCGUCGCAAUUACAAUUGGACUUACAGUCAUUCGGGCAACGAGCGUGGUUAUCUUCACAGCCACAUGUACAACAGCAGAGAACACCAGAGACUAAGGUAAUGCCGCAAUUGCAAGCGCCGCGGCCACAGCUAGUUUCACCGCUUCGUCGAAUUCCUCAUCCUGUGCAGAAACUUCCGGUGAAGAUGAUGCAAGUCGUGAAGCAAGAGUCUCCAAGAUCACAACCUCGAUAUAAUGUGGAAUUCAAGGAGAUCACUCCAAAGAAACAAAAACAAUGUAACUGCAAAAAUUCUAGAUGCCUCAAAUUGUACUGUGAGUGCUUUGCAGCUGGGAUCUAUUGUGAUGGCUGCAACUGUGUAAAUUGUCAUAAUAAUGUGGAUAAUGAGGUUGCCAGACAGGAGGCAGUUGGAAUAACAUUGGAACGCAAUCCAAAUGCUUUCAGACCAAAAAUUGCUAGCAGUCCGCAGGAACCAAGAGAUUCCAAGGAAGAUGUGUCUGAAAUUCAAGUAGUAGGAAAGCACAAUAAAGGAUGUCACUGCAAGAAAUCAGGUUGCCUUAAGAAGUAUUGUGAGUGCUUCCAAGCCAAUAUCCUCUGCUCUGAAAAUUGUAAAUGCAUGGACUGCAAGAAUUUUGAGGGAAGUGAAGAAAGAAAGGCAAUCUUUCAUGAAGAGUAUAAUAUAGUUAACAUCAAACAGGCAGCAAAAGCAUCCAGUAGUGGAAUUUUUGGAUCAUCUGGCUAUGGAAUCCACAUAACACCCAAGAGAAAAAUUCAGGAAAUAUUUUCUGGAAAAUCAGCCAUGGAUCAAACUGUUAACAUGACUGCUCAAUACCAACAGGAAAUUGAUCCUAUGGCUUCAUCACUUUUAUCUCUGUCAGCUUCCUUUGUUUCUGACAAUGCAAGAAUUUCAGGGUCUUCAAGAUCUACAUACCGGUCUGUAAUGGCUGAUGUCCUCCAGCUACAGAAUGUGAAGAAUCUCUGUUCACUCUUUGUUGUUCUCUCAGGAGUAGCUGCAAAGACAAAUACAGAAAUGAGUGGCAAAGUAGACUGGCAAACAAAAACUGGGAAUUUUGAGGCUUCAAUGGUUUCAUGUGCUCAAUCACUGCAAAGCACUAGAGAUGUCUACAAGCCUGUUUGUGAUAAUCAUGUGAAAAAAGAUGAAGCAGACACAGUUGAUAUUGCCAAUUAUAGUAAGCCAUUGUCACCAGAAACACUAGCAUUGAUGUGUGAUGAACAGGAUGAUAUGAUUUUUGGAAAUAGUUCUGUAAAUGGAGUUUCAUGCAACAGCACUGAUCAAAACAUGAUUCGAAAGUCAUCUAAUUCUAAUGGAUGCAGUGAUGUUUAUGGAGAGCAGGAAAGGCUUGUACUGACCAAGUUCUUGGAUGUUCUUCGCAGACUUAGUACUCUUGGUAGUAUUAAAGGUCAGGCUAUAGUGUUAUGAUGUUAAAGUCUUCACACUCGCACAGCCUUGUUUGGGCAAAAUUAAUCUGGAUUUUCCUGUCAAUCAACUGCAAUAUUCUAUGAAUAGCCAACUAGGAAAACCUGAGUUGGCGUGGCUGACAAAUAUUUAUUUUAACUAUAUUUUAUAA